GGAUGACGACACGCGAGCAUGUUAGCGUCGGAAUCACCAAAAUCUGGGCAUCAGACGUGUCGAUGUCUUGAGCGUUCAUGUCCACUUCUCCCACAUUCACACCACACUCUAACCGACAAAUAUUGUUCUUCUCUUUAUACUUUUUCAGUUCUCGCAGGUGCAGGGUUUUCGGGGUCCUGAAUUCAAUCAACAUUUUAUCUCAAGGAUGGGAAGGAUAUUUGUGGUGGAUCUUGAAGGCAGGACUUACAACUGCAAAUUCUGCAAAACCCAGCUAGCUCUUGCUGAUGAUCUUGUUUCCAGGGCAUUUCACUGCCGCAGAGGAAAAGCUUACCUAUUCAAUAAUGUGUGAGGUGAAUAACAUGGUUGGACCUCUGGAAGAGAGGAUGAUGCUCUCGGGGAUGCAUACGGUUGCAGAUAUAUUUUGUUGCUGCUGUGGGCAAAUAAUCGGCUGGAAAUAUGAGGCUGCACACGAGAAAAGCCAGAAGUACAAAGAAGGGAAAUUCGUCCUCGAAAGAGGGAGGAUCAUAGAUGGAGGAGACUCUGAAUUCUACAUAGGAAAUCACCCUAUCUUGAGUGAUGCAGAAGAUGCAUAGAAGAGAUGAAUUAGUUUGUGAUCUAAGUGUUGUACUCAAUCUUUGGCAGUCUGUAUUGUGCUGGCAGAUAUGGAAUCAAUAUAAAAUUGCUGGUUAUGUAUUUCAUUUUUUUUUUUUAGAGAUUCUCUUGCAUCGUAAGUUUAUCACAUUGUACUCAAACUUGGGUGACGGGAAAAACUUAGAGUCACAAUUCGAGAG